AUGCAUGAUCUGUCCUGGUUUCUCUUGAAGAGAAACCAGGACCUGAGCCCCACCCCAGCAGAGCAGUCCUCCAUCCUGUCCCUGGUCACAAAGAUCAACAAUGUCAUCGACAACCUGAUCGUUGCUCCGGGCAAUUUUGAAGUGCAAAUUGAAGAGGUGCGCCAGGUGGGCUCCUACAAGAAGGGCACCAUGACGACGGGGCACAACGUGGCCGACCUGGUGGUGAUCCUGAAGAUCCUCCCCACAUGUGAGAUAAAGCUUUUGGAUGUAACAGACGAUAUGAUGUCACAGUGUUUGCAGCCAGUAGAGAGGGGACUGUCUAUGGUCUGUACACUCUGAGGCUGUGCUGUGAACCUUUGGGGUUGAGAGU